AUGCAAUCUCUCACGUCUGCUCUUCGCCGAUCGAGUCACGUUAGAUCUGGGCACUCUGUAUGGUUUCUCUGCGUUUUGAGCACUUCAGAAGUUGUGAAAUAAUAGCUGUUUCAUGUUUCUGCUUGCAGUCAAUAGGCUAGGCGGGCAGAGCUAAACAUCUUCAAAUGGAUCCUUCAUCAUCAAAAGAAAACCUCUAUCUCACGACAUGGAACGUCUGCUUGAAGAAUUCCACGUACACUAAGACGAUGACGGACUUUGUAGAAGAAGUCGCUUUUCAUGUGACGACCAAGAUAACGAAAGAUGGGCUUAGAAGCAGCCCCGUGUUUCGUGCACUUGGAGUCGGUAGCGGGAAAGGUAAAGCUGAUCUUAGAAUUCUUACUGGCAUUGCAAAAGCGUUGGGAGCUUCCCGGACGAAGAAAGCAGCCAUACAUUCCGUCGUUGUAGAACCAAGCGCCGAAAUGAUAGAAGAAUUCAAGACCUCCGUUUCCCCUUUACCACAGUCCCUAGCAGGUGUGGCUGAUGUCUCAUUCGAAUGGCACGAGAUGACCUUUCAGAAGUUCAGCGAGUGUUUUCCCCAAAAGGAGAGUUUGUUUGACAUGAUUCAUUUUGUCGCAUCUGUGUAUUACAUGGACGCCGAAAUAGCUCUGAGUUACUGCUAUCAGAAGCUUGCUAGUGGUGGAGCCAUGUUCUGUACGGUGGUACUGGAAGAAUCUUUUUUCCCAAAGAUGUCAAGAAAGCUACACAACAAAGUAGAUUUGGGCUCUGCUCAGAAGAUUUACACUGAAGUGGAUCUUGUUAAUAUUGCCAGGAAGAAUAACUGGAAAUAUGAGAAACUGUGGAUGGCCAAAUACCUUUAUGACAUAACCUGCUGUUUUGACGAAUCCUCGAAAGAAGGGAGCAUUCUGCUCGACUUUCUAACCCAUCAGAGAGAUUUUCGAAGAACGGCGGACCAAGCGUUUUACAAUGAGGUCGGGGACUUCUUGAUGGAAGAGUCUAGCACCAAUGAUAAUGGAAGAAAACUAAUAGAGCAAGAAAUGACAGCAGUAGUACUUUACAAAUGAUCAUGAAGGACCACUAGUGAACGUUUUCACAUUCAAUUUAGUGUAAAACUUGGAAAGAGUUGAGUUCUUUUGAAAGUGUUUUGACAUUAUUGAUUUUUUGUUGUCGGCCCCAAUUGCCCUUCCAUUUCCUUCGGUACGCGAUGAGCGGGAAACACAUAGAAGCGGAGCUUUGGAGACCUUGAUUGUUAGGAGGCGAAAAGCUAAACCUACUUUCUCAAGUUGAAAUCGGAGAACUGGUGAUCUGUUGUAAUUUGAAGAUGCUGAAAAAUGAAACUAUGAAUUUCUUUCUGAGUUUUCUUUUACUCUUUUGGUCCGCCAUUUCGUUACCCUGAAGAUUGCAUUAGGACUGAUCAGGACAAAUCGAGCAUGCCCAAUGAAGUGGCAGAAUUUUGAACUUUAAACUAUGCAAGCUUCUUUAAUCACCAAGUUUGGAGUAAUGACGUCAUUGAACAAAACAACUCAACAACAAAUUGGUCAUUGCAGAAAAAAAACAUGUUACCACCAGACUUUGUGCCCAGGGCUCCUCGUAUGUUGUGUUUCGCCGGUUUCCUUGGUCAAACGGUAUAGUUUAGAUUCUCUUUAGUUUUCCUCCCUUCUCAAAAGCGAAUGUUUCAAAAUAAUUCCAAUCUGAAUUGAAGUAAGGAACUGGAAUAUAUAUAGCGUAAUAAUCUGACAGAAAUAAGUUGAGUUGCAUACAUGUAUUUAUUGUACCAUCAUCAAUGUAUAUUCUCCGCACAGCAGCAGUCUGUUGAUUGUCAGUCUCGAGUGAGGGGUCGUGUCAAGAAUGUCUAUGAGCUGUUCAUGUUAUACGUCUGUAAUGGAUCAGUUGUUACCUUCAGUUGGCUUUUCACAUUAUGCUUCUUUCGAUACGUGUGACAGUACUGUGUGACUGUCCUGUGUGACCGUACACUAAAUAUGCAGGUAAAUUGGAAAUGGAAAUUCUUGCUUAUCCGACUUAUCCUGGAUUAGCUUAAUCAGGCUUUGAAUAACCUGACCCAGGAGUGCCACUUUUAGGCUUGGCUAAAUCUAUAUAUUAGCUUUCAUGUUUGUGUACUGCCCUGUGGAAAACCUGGUGUUUUUAUCUAAACUCAAAACUCAUCUUUUUAAGAAGACUUAUUAUUCUUAGCGAUCCUUACUUUUUAUUACUUUCUUAAAUGCACAUUUUUAAUUAUUAAGAUUAGUACAGCUCAUUUUG